AUGAAGUCUCUCUUUUCUUUCACUAGAUUCGCAACCUUUGUUUCAUUACUAGCAGUCACACAAGCUGCAUCCAAUUCCACCAAUGGCACUUCAUGUGGCGUUGCGAAGGUAGACGACAGCUACUUGAGCGUAGUUGGAGUUCAGGGAACUGGAGUACACCCACGACAAGAGCUCCGUGAACUUGAAAAAGACACGGAACUUUGGAACAUCUUCUUGCAGGCCUUUUCUCGCUUCCAAGCUAUGGAUCAGAGUGAGAAGGUAUCUUACUACCAGGUCGCGAGUAUACAUGGUGCACCCUUCAAAGAAUGGGAUGGGGUAACCGGUCAAGCAGAUCAGGAGAUGAUGGGCUACUGUCCGCAUACUAGUAGUAUGUUUGGUCCCUGGCAUAGGCCAUAUCUAGCUCUCUUCGAGCAGAUUCUCCACGACCGCUCUCUGGAGAUCGCAAACGAGCAUCCUGCGGGCCAGGCGAGAAUCAAAGCGGUGGAGCUCGCCAACAGGAUUCGUCUUCCUGAGUUCCAGUUUAAGAACUGGAACCAUACCAUUCGAUAUCCUCUAAAUGGUUUUGCCGUAAAUGCCACUAGCCGAGACGAUGAGGUCAAUGUGCGCGUCGGCAAGCAGCAGCCCAAUCUUCGAAGCACGCUAUAUAAGCUGCUGACAACCUACCAACCCUUUAUGCAAGUGAGCAACAAGGCCAACGGCGGCACCAUCGGUAACUUCGAGACACUACAUGACGGUGUGCAUAAUACCUUUGGGUUAGGACAUCUGGGGAUAGUUGAGGUGUCGGCAUUCGAUCCCGCAUUCUGGUUUCAUCACUGUAAUAUGGACCGAAUCAUAGCUAUGUAUCAAUCUCGCUACCCAGACACGUGGAUUGAAGACUCUGAGCAAGCAAUGGGUACUUUUGCCGUCUCUAAGGGGAGUGUUCUUGGAACUGCGUCGUCCCUCGCGCCUUUCCACAGGAAUGCACUCGGCGACAUGUGGACCUCAACAACCGCCAGAGACUGGACAGCUUUCGGUUACACGUACCCUGAGCUCGUAGGCAACCCAUCAAACGAAUCGCUCACUUUGUCUAUCAACCAUCUCUACAAGCCGCAGACGCAGUGCUUAAAUAAUACCAAUACAACCAUCCCAGCUCCAGGUCGUAACACCACCAACACCACUCAGGUAACGGAAUGGUUAUGCGAGGUCAACAUGCCGACCGAUAUUAAAAUCUCCUACUCCGUUCGUGCUUUCUUCGGUAAACCAAAUGCCAAUCCCAAGAAAUGGCCAACAGACCCAAACCACGUCGGCCAACUGGCUUCAAUGUCGUCUCCGCGCAUGAACUCAUCCGUAAUCGUAACAGGAACCAUUGACCUGACCGAAAAGCUAGCACAAAGGCACCAAUCCGGAGAACUCAAGGCCCUCGACAAGGAGAGUGUUACAGCGUACCUAAAAGCGAACUUGACCUGGCGCAUCCAAGCCCUCGACUAUAGCGAAAUUCCACGCAAAAAUGCUCCCGCUGGUCUCAAUCUUACUGUUUUCAACGUGCCGGUCACAGUUCCGCAAAAGGAUACGGACGUUCCUAUUCGGAGUGGCGACAUUGAGUAUGUCCAUGGGAUUGAGGGUAACCCACCCAUCUACAGCGUGCCUGGAUCUGAUGGCACAAACUCCACGCUACCAGUGAACCAAGUCGGUGGGACUUACAAUGCUACGUCUGGGAAUUAUGAGUGGAAGAAUGCUGCGGAUCGCAUGAUGGGUGAAGAGGGGGCGGAGCGGUGCGAGAGAAAGACGAAAACUCAGACGGUGACGAGUUUAGUUACGGAGUAUGUGACGCUUGUGUCUUCUCCGUCAUCGACACUCAAGUCGUUGUCUAGUGUGGCGACGGUUACUGAGCAGACACCUACACCGACGAUUUCCGCUGGGCCUAGGACGAAAUACGUGACUUCGGUUAUUAUCGAGUAUGUCACGGUGUAA